GGUUUUCAUCACAGGCUAUUUUUCAGAAUAACGAUGUUAUGCCGAUCUGGCCGAUUUAUCGCAGUAUCAGACCUGUUCGCCUAGAAGAAUCAUUGGGCUACGUGAGCUCUGUGUGCUCUAUAGGAACUUGUUUAUUACUGCAAUAAGUCGGCGGUAUGUACGACGAUACCACCGCUCUCGUUGUUGACAAUGGUUCGGGAAUGUGCAAAGCGGGUUUCGCUGGAGACGACGCUCCGCGCUCAAUUUUCCCAUCCAUCGUUGGCCACCCUCGUCACCAGGGAGUGAUGAUCGGUAUGGGAAUAAAAGACUCGUACGUUGGAAAUGAAGCUCAAUCUAAACGCGGUGUCCUCACUCUAAGGUAUCCCAUCGAGCAUGGCGUCGUCACGAACUGGGAUCACAUGGAGAAGAUUUGGCACCACACGUUCUACAAUGAACUCCGAGUAAUCACCGAAGAUCAUCCCGUGCUUCUUACCGAAACGCCUCUUAAUCCUAAGAUGAACCGCGAAAAAAUGACACAGAUAAUGUUCGAAACGUUCAAUACACCUGCAAUAUAUGUUGCUAUCCAAGCUGUCCUGUCGUUGUACGCAUCGGGUCGUACAACCGGCGUCGUGCUUGAUUCAGGGGACGGUGUGUCGCACACGGUACCCAUCUACGAGGGAUACGGGCUUCCCCAUGCCAUCAUGCGUCUCGAUUUCGCCGGUCGCGAUCUUACCAACUAUCUAAUGAAGAUUCUUACCGAACGUGGCUAUUCCUUCACGACUACUGCCGAACGUGAGAUCGUUCGCGACGUCAAAGAGAAGCUAUGUUAUGUGGCAGUUGAUUUCGAAGAGGAAAUGGCGAAAGCAGUCUCUUCACCAUCAAUAGAGAAAUCCUAUGAGCUUCCUGAUGGACAGGUGAUCACCAUCGGAAACGAGCGUUUUCGCUGUCCGGAAGCGCUUUUCCAACCAUCGUUUUUUGGAAUGGAGGUAUCCGGGAUUCAUCACACAGCUUAUGCAUCUAUUAUGAAAUGCGACGUUGAUAUUCGCAAGGAUCUGUACGCCAACACGGUCUUGUCCGGGGGAACAACGAUGUACCCAGGAAUCGCCGACCGUAUGUAUAAGGAGAUUAGCAAUCUGGCGCCAUCUACGAUGAAAAUUAAAAUCAUUGCGCCUCCGGAGAGGAAAUACUCGGUCUGGAUUGGAGGGUCAAUCCUGGCCUCGCUUUCAACAUUCCAACAGAUGUGGAUCACGAAACAGGAAUACGAUGAUUGCGGUCCCUCAAUUGUCCACCAGAAAUGCUUUUAGAUUCGUUUAAUAUGACGGCUGGUAUUGAUUUGUCUGAUAUUGAUGGAUGGUAUUGAUCUGACGGCCACUAUGGGCGAAUAACUGAUGAGACGUUAAUAGUAUCGACACCAGAUACCAUGAGCGCCGCAAACAUCUAACAGCAACAGACCUCUUCUCUAAUUUUUUUUUCUAGUUUAUUUUAUUUAAACAGUAAGCUACCGCUCCGUUUUUCACGUUCCAUCGAAAAUUUUUGACCUAAGGCAUCGAACGAUCAUCCGGGUUACUAAUCAGAUCAAUGUUUGAUCGGUAAGCUUCACUAUCGAUUGAUAUCAUCACAUAAAGGUCUAUUCACGUGUGCUAUUUUAAGAUUUUUAAAAAAUUUUAGAGAAAUUAC